AUGUUCUCCUCAUCCGAAGAGGUCAUCAUACCUCCCGAGACCGACAUCGACCGGUCGAAGUGUACGCGCGUGGCGCCCAUGCGUGUGCUAUGCCUUGGUCUGAGUCGUACGGGAACCAAUUCCCUACGCACCGCCCUUCGGAUCCUGGGCUAUGACGAAACCUACCAUGGCUACGAAGCCUAUUUCGAAAACCCACGAGACUCUUGGAUGUGGCUCCAGGCUCUGAAGGCCAAACUCGACGGGGUCGGAAAGCCUUAUGGAAGGAAGGAAUUUGAUCAACUUCUUGGACAUUGCCAGGCUGUGACCGAUGUCCCUGCAGCGUGCUUUGCAGAGGAGUUGAUUCACGCAUACCCCGAAGCAAAGGUCAUCCUCACCUACCGGGACAUUGACGCUUGGUACAACUCCGUGAUGAAAGCCAUCAUCGCCCGAGUGAAGAUUCCUUGGAGCCAUUCCAUGACUUUUUUCCUGAUUUUCUUCCGGGAUCCAGUCCGCUGGUCCAGACUCAUGGCUCUGAAGAUCUGGGACGGGUAUUUCCGUGGCUUUGAAGCCAAUGGGAAACAAGUCUACAAGGAACACUACGCAUUGGUUGAGAGUCUUGUGCCGGAGGAUAACCUGCUUCGCUACAAAGUGCAAGAAGGUUGGGGGCCUCUUUGUCGGUUUUUGGGUCAGCCUGUUCCGGACGUGCCAUUCCCGCAAGGCAAUGAGGUAGCAGAGCUUGUUGCUGUCACGAAUGCCUAUGUUAGGAUCGAGGCUAUCAAGGCUUGGUGGAACUUCUUUUACGUGGUGGCUUUUCUUGGUGUGGUUUGGGCAAUGGCUUUGGCUGGUGUUCGUGCUGUGGUGUGA